AUGAAGGUUCCCAGCCGCAUGAAGAUCGUCGAAGAUGAGCGCAAGUGCGAAAAGACCUCGAAGACACGAAAAGAGGUAACUGAGCUCUUCAAGUUCUUGAAGACGAUGAACAAGCAGGCAACCAAGAGAACCGGCCAGUUUCUGAAGCAACUGGAGAAGAAGGAGGGCAAAGAGACGAAGCGGGAGACGCUGCUCAAGCAGAUCAAGGACGUUGAUGAGCUCAUGAACGAGGAGCUACGGAACGCACGGAAGUUCGUCGAGCGGCAGCAGCUCUUCGAGAAGAAGUACAUGGUCGGCUCCAAGCUGGGCGAGCAGGCCCCGCGGAAGAAUGCACUCAUCUUGAUCGAGCAGUCCGACGUCCAGAGCUCCUGGGUUGAUGAGGCGAUGGGAAAGAUGACGCUGAAGGACUUGGACGUGAAGGGCAAGAGAGCUGCUGCCUCGGUCUUCAUCCGGGUGGACUUCAAUGUGCCCCAGGACAAGAACGAUCCCAGCGUCAUCACGAACACGCAGCGGAUCGAUGGCCACAUGGCCCGAGAAGAAAGGGUACUGAACCUGGCAUAUAUCUCAACUGGCGUGUCAGAGGCUUCAACCAUCUCCUCGAGAGCCAGGAAGUACUCGCUGGCACCCGUCGCGAAAGCGGCUGAAGAGCAGGGCGCUUACUUUGGGGUGAUCCUGGGGCAGAGCAUCCUGUUCCUGAAAGAUUGCGUGGGUAGCGAAGUCGAGGCAGCAUGCGCAGAUCCGGAGCCAGGCUCCGUCAUCCUCCUGGAGAACCUGAGAUUUCACAUCGAGGAGGAGGGCAAAAACGAGGCGAAAGAGAAGGCAGAUCCGGAGAAAGUGAAAGAGUUCAGAGCCUCGCUGGUGAGCGACCGAGCCGAGUUUCUUCAGGGCAAGCAUGCUGCAGACAUUGCUAACGUGGAGUUGGGACGGAUGUGCCUGAAACGAUGCGAUGCUGCAGCGGAGGUCGACAUGAUGAUCAUUGGAGGAAUUCACGAUGAGCAGCUUUUGGCGUAA